CUCUUUUAGAAAGGAAGUUGCCCCACCUUUUUGUACAACACACAGGUUAGCAGCACAUUUAUUUUAUUUGCAGCGUGCUGAAGAUGGCUCUUUGUGUAACGAAAGUCCAGCUGUCCAUAUCCUGUACAGAUUUACUGGACAAGGAUGUUGGAUCAAAGUCUGAUCCUCUGUGUGUGGUUUUCCAAAGCGUAGGAGAUGGGAAGUGGGCAGAGGUAAUGCAAUACAUUUUUAUACUGUAUAAAUGCUUGCUACAUCAUCCUAAAGUUAAAAGCUCAGUGAUUAAGAAUAAUCUAAAUCCUUCUUGGAAGAAGUUUAGUGUCCCAUUGCAGACCCUUUGUGGAGGUGACGUGAACAAACCCAUCAAGGUUCACUGUAGCGAUUAUGAUAGCGAUGGGUCACAUGACUUAAUAGGGGUAUUUGAAACUAACUUGUCUCAGCUGCAGAAGGCAGAAGGAGGUUCUCCGGUGGAGUUUGAAUGUAUUCACCCCCAGAAGAAGCAAAAGAAGAAAAGUUACAAGAACUCUGGGAUUGUGCGCGUCAAGUCUUGCAAAAUUGAUGUGGAAUAUUCCUUCUUGGACUAUGUCAUGGGAGGAUGCCAGAUUAACUUCACGGUGGGCAUUGAUUUCACAGGUUCCAACGGUGACCCAAAGUCGCCUGACUCUCUCCACUUUAUUAGCCCUACUGGUGUGAAUGAAUAUCUAACCGCAAUCUGGUGUGUGGGGAAUGUGGUGCAGGAUUAUGACAC